AUGAUCAAUCCAUUAGGAAGACUGACCAGGGUCCAAUCCCACGAAAAUGAGGGUCCUGGCCGAGAAGAAUAUAGGCAUCCCAAGGAUGAGAUUGAAGGUCUCAUUAGAAGAGGCUGCCUGAAGCAGUUCACUUCAGAUAAAGAAGAAAAUAAGAGAAGAAUCGGUGGUGACGAUAGGGAUGACGACCGAAUGAGACAGAGAAGAAAGGAUAGGUCUCCUCGUUACCAAAGGGAGACUGCUGGAACAAUUGGAAUAAUUGUGGGAGAAAAAGAUGAUGAAGGUAUCCAAGACCCACAUUAUGAUGCCCUAGUAGUAGAGGUAGUCAUCGCCAACUUCACGGUAAAAAAGGUUCUGGUGGACAAUGGUAGUGUGGCAGAUAUCUUAUUCUAUCGUGCCUUCAAAGAGAUAAAGAUCUCAGAAGAUAAAUUGAAGAGUUUCUCGGUUCCUCCACAUGGAUUGGUCGGGGAAUCCAUAAUACCCAAGGGAGUCAUAUCCUUACCAGUUACUCUGGGAAACUACCCAAGAACGAUUAUGCAUAUGAUCGAUCUUCUGGUGGUAGAUAUACAAUCCCCUUAUAACACCAUCAUCGACAGACCAUUAUUGCACAAGGUUCGGGCAGUGGUCUCUACUUACCAUCUCAAAAUGAAGUUCCCAACUUCUAAUGGGGUAGGAGAAGUGAAUGGGGACCAGAAGCUAGCUCAAAUGAUGUACUAUACUGAUUUGAAGGAUAAGAAGAAGACCUCCAUCUCAGUUGGAAGCCUAGAUGUUCGGGAAUAA